UAUGAACAAGUAACAGACAUGUUGAAUAGGAAACAACCAAUGAAUGAAAUUUAAUAUUCUGUAACUGCAAAUAACAAGAUCAUAGGAGAAACCACAAGAGUUUAAGUUGAAGAGGUGGUGGAAUAGAAGAACAAGAUCAAACAAAAUCCAUGGCUGUUGCUGCUGCUGCUACAAAUGCAAUAGUGAAGUAUGGAAUCAUAGGAGUUGGGAUGAUGGGAAGGGAGCAUCUGAUAAACCUGCACCAUCUUCGUACCGAAGGUGUGGCGGUGGUCGCCAUCGCUGACCCUCACCUUCCCUCACAACAACUCGCCCUUGAUUUGGCACACUCCUUUGAUUGGCCCCUCAAGGUCUUUUCAGGUCACCAGGAGCUGUUGGAGAGUGGCAUGUGUGAUGUUCUGGUGGUAUCAAGUCCUAACAUGACACAUUACAGGAUUCUCAUGGACAUAAUCAAUCAUUCUAUACCCCAUCAUGUACUUGUAGAAAAGCCACUCUGCACUACUGUCUCUCAUUGCAAAGAGGUUGUUCAGGCUGCUAGAAAGAGACCAGAUAUAUUGGUACAGGUUGGACUGGAAUAUAGAUACAUGCCCCCUGUUGCAAAACUUAAAGAAAUAGUUAAGGGAGGAAGCCUUGGACAUGUCAGAAUGGUAUCAAUUCGGGAGCACCGGUUCCCUUUCUUGGUUAAGGUAAACAAUUGGAAUCGGUUCAAUGUUAACUCCGGGGGCACUCUGGUAGAGAAGUGUUGCCACUUCUUUGAUCUGAUGAGGCUGUUUGUUGGUGCGAAUCCUGUUCGUGUGAUGGCUUCUGGAGCUAUUGAUGUUAAUCACAAAGAUGAAAUAUAUGAUGGAAAGGUGCCAGAUAUUAUUGACAAUGCAUAUGUUAUAGUUGAAUUUGACAAUGGUUCUCGAGGAAUGCUUGACCUUUGUAUGUUUGCUGAAGGGAGUAAAAAUGAGCAAGAAAUAUCUGUUGUGGGUGAUAUUGGAAAGGGAGAGGCCUUUGUUCCUGAGAGCAUUGUGCGGUUUGGAACACGCGAUGCGGGGAGAGAUGGUGUACAGACUUUGAAAGCUGAGGAUCAACGGAUAAAAUAUGAUGGAUUACACCAUGGGUCUAGCUAUCUGGAGCACCUGAAUUUCUUGUCUGCAAUUAGGGAAAAAGGUGAGAAGGCUCCUGCUGUAGAUCUCCAAGAUGGAUUAAUAUCUGUUGCUAUUGGAGUUGCAGCUCAGCUUUCAAUAGAAUAUGGUCGAUUUGUUACUAUUGAGGAAGUCAUGGAAGAGCUCCAAGUUUGAGGGAAUUGAAACUUGGAAGUGAAAACAAUUGCUGUCUCUAGUGUCUUACUUCUUUGACAUAUAGUAGGAUACAGUUCCUUCCAUCACUACCUGAUAAAAAAAAGUGCUGAAUAAUUUAUGGAAAUUACAAUUCUUCCACCUAAAUUUUAGUCCAUUGGAAAUUUAGGUAAAUUUUAGUCCAUUGGAAAUUUAGGUCUCGGAUAAUUCUUUAUCAGUUCUCUGAUUUUUUUUUUUUUACAAAACAGUACUCAAACGCACUCUUAAGAUUCACUGUUUUCUGAAAUUUAUUUUCUGUGAAUGAAACAGUUAAAUGUCAAAAGAGAUCUUAUGCAUGUACAUAUUUGAUCAUUUUGGACC